ACAAUAUUUUUUCGUUAUUAUUUUUUUUUUUGGGCGUAUAAUAUUUGAAAAUUUAAAUAAUGCGGCAUUUCUAUGAGGUUAAAAGAAAGGGCGGCACUGUCCUCUGCCAACAACAUGAACCAACAAAUCCCUAUACCUGAAAUUCCUCUUCCGUCCGGCUGCCGAAGUAUGCCGGUAUUAGGUUUUGGCACGGCAGCAGAUCCACCUGUAGAACCAAAAUUGUUAGAAAGUGCUAUUCUUCAAGCAAUUGAACUUGGGUAUAGGCAUUUUGACACAGCUGCUUUAUACAAUUCUGAAAAACCAGCUGGUGAAGCUAUAACUGAAGCAAUUAAUGGAGGAUUAAUUGAAUCUCGUGAACAAUUGUUUAUUACUUCGAAGCUAUGGUGUAGUGAUGCUCAUCCUCAACAUGUUCUUCCUGCCCUCAACAAAACACUACAGAAUCUGAAGAUGGAUUAUAUUGAUUUGUUCCUAAUACACUGGCCAGUAAGUUCUAAGUCAGGAAUACAUGAGUAUCCAAUUAAAAAAAAGGACUUUCUUCCAAUGGAUUUCAAGUCAGUUUGGGCAGCAAUGGAAGAGUGCCAGAAACUUGGACUCACCAAGUCCAUUGGAGUUAGCAACUUUUCUUGCAAGAAGCUUGCUGAUGUUCUUGCCACUGCCCAGAUUCCCCCUGCUGUUAAUCAAGUAGAAGUAAAUCCAUGUUGGCAGCAACGGAAGCUGAGAGAUUUCUGCAAGAGAAAUGGAGUUUUUGUUGUUGGAUAUAGUCCUUUAGGAUCCAUAGGUACCUUUUAUGGAACCAACAGAGUUAUGGAAUCUCAAGUGCUCAAAGAAAUAGCAAAGGCCAAAGGCAAGACCGUGGCGCAGGUUGCUUUAAGAUGGGGAUGUGAGCAAGGCAUUGGUGUGGUGGUAAAGAUCUAUAACAAAGAGAGAAUGAAACAGAAUCUUGAGAUUUUCGACUGGUCAUUAAGUGAUGAUGAUUGCAGAAAGAUUAGUAAAAUCCCACAAAGUAGAGCUUGUCUUGGUAAAGAUUACACAUCUCAUUAUGGGCCUUACAAAACAAUUGAAGAACUCUGGGAUGAAGAACUCUGAUUACUUCAGUUGCCAGUAUAAGCAUGUUGUUCCUAUAAUUCUUGUUGUUGUAUGUCUUCCUCCUAAUUGCGGUAGUUGUAUAUCAAGAUAGAAAUAAGAAGGGAGAAAGAUUCAUCCAGUUACUUCUUGUGGUUGUAUACGGUUCAACCUCGUUAUAGUGGCAACAUUUGUCUGGAAAUUUUGUGGCUACUAUAUGAUGUGUUGUUAUAUGUGUACCGAUAUUUGACAUUUAGAUCUCAUUUAGCUGUUAUAAGCCAAGACAUGCGAAAAAACUACUUUAAUGAUUUUGUGUUUAAGAAGAAAUGUAUUUGUUAGUCAAUUUAAUCAAAAAAAAAAAAAAAAAAGAGUAUGAAUGAACAAAGGCAAA